GUGCUGUCCUGUUUCCUGCUGCUCUCUGGUCUGAAGAUCUCACUGCAAUGGGAAAACGCAUCGUGCUGCUCCUGCUGGGCCUCUCCUUGCUGGUGAGCUCCCUGCAAGCUUUGACAUGUUUCAAGUGUGCUAGGCUCAAUUCUGAGAGGAUUUGUGAGAAAGAAGAAGGUUGCUGUAAGGCUAACCCUGGUGAGAAGUGCGCCUCACUUCUAGUGCUCGAAGAUGGCAAAGUCAAGUUUGGAGUCCAGAGAUGUGCUAACAUUUGCUUCAAUGGGAUUGUUGAGAAUGGAAAUAAGACAAUGAAAAUGAACUGUUGCAAUGACAAGUCUUACUGCAAUAGCCUGUAAACCUGAGGCUUUACACUUCUCUACUUUAAGUGAGCCCUCACCCCUUCCCUGUGCUCCUGCAGCCUCGCCGCUCAAGCCCUGACACCUGCAUGUACUUGACACCAGCUGUUGAUACCACAACAAUGUUCUACUUCCUCCAACCAGGGCAUACUUGUCUUGAUAAUCCAUUCAAAUUUCAAAUGGGUUAGCAGCUUAAACCAAUGGUUAGGCCAAAGAUGUCUACCCCAAACAUCUCUGCAAGUGGUCUCACAGGCACACUCAGACUUGUGCUUGAUGAAUCUGUUAGACAUCCUUUGUACCAUCAAGUGACUAGGAUCAGACAUCACAAACUAAAAGCUUUUAGAAUUUUGAAUAGGUCAUGAUAUGUGUUUGUAUGUAUUGAAAUAUAAAAAGUUACAUAAAAUUAAAAUAUUAAAAUCAUUAUAGCUUUUA